AUGUUCACUUCUGACAUCGCCUUCAAGAUGGACUUCACCGGACACGACCACGCUGACAGCACCACCCCACCCACCACCGCGACAGCAUUCUUCGAAUGGUGCCAGCAGCACCUUAAGGAACGCGAACUGCGGAAGUAUCGACAACGUAAACGGCGCAAAGUGGAGCGCGCUUACAUCGAAGCUGAAGCGGAAGAAGAAUAA